AUGGUCUACCGGAUCGCUUCCCGCAGUGCGCAAGCCGCGACUCGUCGUGCUCUUGCCUCGGCCGUGCCGCGCCAGGCUAUGGUCCCGGCCAUGACUUCGGCUCGCUUCUACUCGGACAAGCCGUCGCCUGAGGCCAAGGCUGCGUCGAUUAUUGACGCGCUGCCGGGCAACAGCCUCGUGUCGAAGACCACCUGGGUGACGCUCGGCGCUGGUCUUACCGCCUACACGGUCUCGAACGAGCUGUACGUCGCGAACGACGAGACUGUGAUCAUGGCUGGUUUCCUGAUCUUCGCUACGCUCAUCGGUCGCUCGGUCGCCAAGCCCUACGCCGACUGGGCCAACUCGACGAUUGAGAAGAUCUCGGGCAUUCUUAACGACGCCCGUACCGGCCACACCAAGGCGAUCCAGACUCGCAUUGACACUGUGAACGAGAAGAAGGACGUUGUGGACGUCACAAAGGCUCUUUACGCUAUGGCGAAGGAGACCGUGCAGACCGAGAAGGAGGCGUUUGAGCUGAAGCAAAAGACCCAGCUGGCUGCCGAGGUCAAGUCGGUGCUCGACUCGUGGGUGCGCUACGAGGCGCAGCAGCGUGAUGCCGAGCAGCGCCUGCUGGCAGAGACUGUGAUUAAGAAGGUCGCUGACACUCUGCGUGAUGAGAAGUCGCAAAAGCAGAUUCUCGACAACGCCGUGUCGGAGUUGGAGCAGCUCGUCAAGAGCAAGAAGAUCUAA